AUCCAGACAUUUCUCGCCCCAUUCCUAAAACCCUUGCUUUUCCUCCUAAAACCCUAAUCUGCCAAUCUUACCUCUGAUUCUGAUAAUCUCCCCGGGAAUUAGACCGAACACCUACUCCGUUCAACUUCAGCCAUGGUGGUCAGCAGAAUCACUUCUCGGGUCUCAAGGACUGUGUUGACUCAGUGCCGCAAUUCGCUGAUCUUUCACGCCCGGCAACAUCAACAACAGAGCCCAAUCCUUUCCAAUCGAUUCCAUUCCCUAUGUUAUCCUCAAAACAAGAUUAUUCCUGGUCACGUGUCUCUUCUGCGUGAUUCUACUCUUAAUCAUUCUGCUUUUCAACGGUUUGGAAUGUCAUCAUCAGCAUCUACACAAUCUGAUGAAAAAGAGACAGCUCAGGCAAGAAAUGGACAGGGAAACGCAGUAGAAAGUGAUGCUGCUGCAAGUGCAAAUGGGAAUGCUGAAGUUCCUGAUGAAACCAAUAAAUCAGGUUCUGAUAUGGGACCCAAUACUAACACAUCUGAAAACAUAAAAAGGAGGAGAAGAAGUACUAAACAGACUCUAUUUUCUGACUCUGAUUCUGAUUUAGAUGUAGAGGACCUUUCUAGGGAUGAUUUGGUCAAGCUCAUCGUGGAGAAGGAAGAAAAACUAAAUGCGAAACAAAAAGAGCUUGAAGAAAUGAAGGACAAGGCUCUUCGGACAUAUGCUGAGAUGGAGAACACAAUGGAUAGGAAUAGGCGUGAAUCUGAGAACACAAAGAAGUUUGCGGUUCAGAACUUUGCGAAAAGCCUGCUAGAUGUUGCAGACAAUUUGGGCAGGGCUUCAUCAGUUGUAAAAGAAAGCUUUUCAAAAAUUGAUACUGCUAAUGACAAUACUGGUGCUGUACCACUUCUGAAAACACUACUGGAAGGUGUUGAAAUGACUGAGAAACAACUAGCUGAGGUAUUUAAAAAGUUUGGAGUUACAAAAUAUGACCCUAUCAAUGAAGAGUUUGAUCCAAACAAGCAUAAUGCUGUAUUCCAAGUGCCAGAUCCUUCAAAGCCACCCGGCACUGUUGCAAUUGUCCUUAAGUCGGGGUACAUGCUACAUGACCGAAUCAUUCGACCAGCAGAAGUUGGGGUGACACAAGCAGUGGAGAAUUAAACAGCAGGCCAAGGAUCUGAAUCUUGAAGGAAUGGCAUUGGAUGUGGAAAUCUUUUCCUGCUGCACCAUUUGAUUUUGGAAGAGAACUAUUUAAGCUUGCAGAGAGAUGAAACUCUAGGCCACCCUUUAAGUUGAUCCUUGAUAUGCAAACACCUCCCUUCAACCCCCAACUCCCCACUGACUCUUUACCUUUUUCCAAGAAGGGAAAAAAAAUUACAAACCUCUUUUCUUGGUAAGAGCGGUUAUGGCAGAGGUCUUUCAUCUUAAUGAUUUUUUGUUGUUAGCGAGAUCAAAGUGAUUUUUAUUUGGAGCAAAAACUAACGAAUUAAUUUUUAGGAUUUGGUGUAUAAAUUUACUUACGGGUUACUAUAUAUUGUUUAAUGUUUAAUAAUAGUAAGGCAUGGACAUGUCUUUAAAUAUUCUUA